AUGAACUCUAAUGGUACGCCAACUCCGUAUUAUGACAGUACUACUACUCGUCUUGUUCAGACUAAUACAUCUGGCGAUACUACAGGUACGGAUUUAUUUACUAGUAUGACAACUUCAUUCGAUGAUAGUACUACAUCCCAUACUGACGUCUCUACUCCAACAACUCCAUCAGAUGAAAGUACUACUUAUUAUACAAACACUUCUGAGCCUACAAGUGCAAAAACUCCAUCAGAUGAUAGUACUACUUAUUAUACAGACACUUCUGAGCCUACAAGUGCAAAAACUCCAUCAGAUGAUAGUACUACUUAUUAUACAGACUCUUCUGAGCCUACAAGCCGAUCAACUCCAUCAGAUGAAAGUACAACUCAACCAACUUUUACCGAUGCUGCAAGUAAAACAACAGAAGUUACUGUAGAUGGUUCUGUUUUUGUCACCACUAUGGCACGGUCGCUGUUUAAACGGCACGUCCAAUUUGAUACUACUGGCUUACUGGACCGUUUUACUUCUCAUUCUACUGCAGCAGUUUGGAGCUUAUACAGUGCUACUGCUCGGCCCUAUACGCCAGAGAAGGAAGAAACCACUAUAAGUAAUACUGAAACUUUGGACGACUGUACUACUGAUUCACCUCAAUUGCCUAAAGAAACGACAGGUUCUUUGUUGGAGGUUGCUAGUGUACUUUUUAAACGAGAAGUACAAGAUAGUGCUGAAUUGUUGGACGAUUCACCCGCUGUUGAAGAUAGAGCUACUAACAACCAUCUAGUGUAUGACUUUGACAAAGAUUUGGUCAAAGUUCUUGAUAUGACGUGGGUUUUCAAUUUUUUGAAAAAAGUUACUAAAGCUCAAACAUAAACCCUGCACUUUCAGAAUCGACCUGCACCGUGAUGCUGUGAAGGAUUUGCACCACUGUCUGUAUCGCGAAACAAACAACAACUUCCAAGUUGACCCCACACUAAAAGGCGUCAAUCAAACCCUUCAUCUACAAGAUGCUUUACAGUUUGAACAAACUCGACAAUGUUACAACAGACCAAACGAAAAGUACCUCUUGGCCUUGAAAAACAUACAUCUUGCAUUAGUUAAUCAUUUUGGAGAAGAAAAAGCCAGAAAUCUCACCAAACUUGUCAGAAAAAUGUCUCGAAUGGUGGAAAAGCACGACAAAUCGCAGAAAGCAUUUAUCAAUUGUCCAGACAGCAAGUAUCACAAAAUGGAAUUUUUCUUCCAAUAUCUUAUGAUUGAGUUUUACAUAACUGAAGAACUGUUCCCUGGAAGGUAAGUUGAACCUUUCAAAACAUAAUAGCUAUACUUUCAAAACAUACUAGCUAUACUUCGGGUUCAUGAUUCUGGACCUAGUAAUUUCAUUGUUAAAAUUGUCCUGUAAAAACUAAAACGUUGACAAUAGGUACUGCACGAAACUUAAAAGUGAAGGAUCUAUCCUUGGAGAUGUGGAUACCUGCAAAUGAGAUUUUUUGCACAUUCAAAGUUGAGACUAUUUUAUGUAAAUUGUAAAAAAUUUAAGAUUAUAUCUUGCUCUUUACGAGCUACAGAAAUUAUCCAAAUUUUCAAAACGUAAAGCAUAACAAACCUGUGAAAAAUUUUUAUUAAAAUUUGCAUAUUAUAUUCUCAGCUUUGAAUGUGCAAAAAAAUCACCUUUGCGCCUGUCUCCAAGAACGAGGAUUUUACUUUUAAAUUUUGGGCAGUAUUUAAGGUUGUACCCAAAGUAACGGGACAGAGUUUAGUUGGAAAAAUAAGUGAGAAGUGUCCCGGCCAGGGUUGGACGCAGGGCAGGGCAUGGGCCCGGUAACAGGGCAUUUUUGAAUUGUUUUUUUGGCGCGCUUUUUUUAAAAUUUAUUUUGGCUAGGCCAAAAAACGCAAAAAUUUCUAGAAUUGGGUUUUAAACACUGUUAAUCCAUUAUACGUUAUUAUUUUCUUGAUAACUAUUACAAUUUUCAAGAUAUGAGUUUGGCGGGAAAACGAAAUUCAAAAAAAUGCCCUGUUGAAAUGCCCUGCCCUGCGUCCAGCCCUGGUUUCGGCACUUUGGGUUUAACCUAAUAUUGUCGGUUUUUUAAAGGAUAAUUUUAACAAUAGAAUUACUAGGUCUAGAAGUGUGAAAAUGAACUAUUAUAUUUCUAAAACACUGUAAAAAUGAUUGGCGAUUCUCUCCGUAUAAAAGAAUAUUUUUAGUGGAGUCACUUACACAAAUUUGGAGGAAAAACUAAACCCAAAAUUGUUUACUGACCAAGGUGUUGGAUCUGAGCUCUUGAUUACUGGUUGCAAUACUACUACUAUGGAUAAGGGUGAAAACUCAAGUUUUUGA